UCGCGAGAUCGCUGCUGCGGUGGGUGGUGGCGGAACGCGGGGGCUCGGCGCUUUGCAAAGCCAGCGUUUCUGGAGGGCGCCCGCAGCCGGCUGUCCCAGGCGCGCUUUUCCGAGACAGCUGCCGCCGCGGCCCCUCGGCGUCCCCGAGCGCAGUCGCAGCCCGGCCGCAGGCCCGCUCCGCGCCCGGCUCGGCCGCGCCUAGGCCGCGCCCUCAGGCCCAGUCGGCGGCGGCCCCUGCGGGUGAUGCCCAAUACAGCCAUGAAGAAGAAGGUGCUGCUGAUGGGGAAGAGCGGCUCGGGGAAGACCAGCAUGCGGUCCAUCAUCUUUGCAAACUACAUUGCGCGCGACACCCGGCGCCUGGGCGCCACCAUUGACGUGGAGCACUCCCACGUCCGCUUCUUGGGGAACCUGGUGCUGAACCUGUGGGACUGCGGCGGCCAGGACACCUUUAUGGAGAACUACUUCACCAGCCAGCGGGACAACAUCUUCCGUAACGUCGAGGUUUUGAUUUACGUGUUCGACGUGGAGAGCCGCGAACUGGAAAAGGACAUGCAUUACUACCAGUCGUGUCUGGAGGCCAUCCUGCAGAACUCCCCUGACGCCAAGAUCUUCUGCCUGGUGCACAAAAUGGAUCUGGUGCAGGAGGACCAGCGCGACCUGAUCUUUAAAGAGCGAGAGGAAGACCUGAGGCGAUUGUCUCGCCCACUGGAGUGCGCUUGCUUUCGAACAUCCAUCUGGGAUGAGACGCUCUACAAGGCCUGGUCGAGCAUCGUCUACCAGCUCAUUCCCAACGUUCAGCAGCUGGAGAUGAACCUGAGGAAUUUUGCUCAGAUUAUCGAGGCUGAUGAAGUGCUGCUGUUUGAGAGAGCGACCUUCUUGGUGAUCUCUCAUUACCAGUGCAGAGAGCAGCGUGACGUGCACCGCUUUGAGAAGAUCAGCAACAUCAUCAAGCAGUUCAAGUUGAGCUGCAGUAAAUUGGCCGCUUCUUUCCAGAGCAUGGAGGUUAGGAAUUCCAACUUCGCCGCCUUCAUCGACAUCUUCACGUCGAACACGUACGUGAUGGUGGUAAUGUCGGAUCCGUCCAUCCCCUCUGCAGCUACUCUCAUCAACAUCCGCAAUGCCAGGAAACACUUUGAGAAGCUGGAGCGAGUGGACGGCCCCAAACACAGUCUCCUCAUGCGCUGAGGACUGCCAGUGCUCUUUAGGAAAACGCCGAAUUUCGUUUGCAUCCUUUGUUUUUAAUAUUGAUGAUGUCGUGUGCUUAGACGUGGGCUUCGCGAUGCGUGCUCCUUACUCCUUCCCCUGCUUUCCUCCUGUCCUCUAGAUUGUUUGGCACUACUUACUCAGCUGUCCAGCAGAGCUGCCAGGUGGCUUUUCUGAAAAGUGGGUGCGUGUAACACUACAGUAGGUGGACUGUGUGUGUUCCGACUGCCUGGUUAUGAUAUGCACAUGAGAGCCUUUAUCAGUAUCUUCCUGUAUUCCCAGAUUGCAGAGACGGAAUGUUACUAUUUUAUCAACAAGGUAUUAAAAUGCAUUUACAAAUUCUUGGCUUCGAUCCUUAAUAAACAUUUAAUGUUAGCAAUUUAAA